AUGUUGCGAACACCGUCAAUUCUCGUUGAUAGACAAUAUGACACAUCUUCCCCAUUGAUCCGGUAUAUUGAAGGCCACGAUCGGAUACGUUGGGGCUCAAUAUCUUCAACACAGCCGGUUCUUUCAGGACCAGAACAAAUCCGCGUAUAUCGCGAAUGGAUUGAUGCUGGGAGACCUCAUAAUAUAACCUGCUGUAGGUCCUACCAUACAGCAUGUUUAAUGGAUGUGGUUCGCUCUGCAAAUAACUUCCAUUGUCCAUCUUGCCGGGCAAGAGCUUGGGAUCGUACACCACCCCAGUUCCCCGUGCCAUCUCCAACCCCAAGCACUGGAGGGACCCCAAACAGCCAUUCAGACACGUCAUCUGUAAACAUUUCAAUUCGUCGCGAUAGAUCGCCAACAGCAUCACGGGGUAAAUCCUCAACGGCCUCGGGGAUGAUGCAUCCCCCUACUUUGAACCGUAUUGAUGAAGUCAAUGCUCGCGGUAUGCCAACUGAGGUAUAUCCUAUUGCAGAGAUGUACCCUCGGCUUCUGGAAUAUCUAGCGUUACCAGAUGCUGAGACAGAUCGCCAUGCCCAAUCGUCACAGUUCAAGCAUCAACUGGGAAUGGCUAUGAAAGAAAUUGAAUCAUAUCGGGCAUCGAUGCGAGACAAGACGAACAUCCGAGAGGACUAUUCACGAUUACAGCGCGAGAAUGCACAAAUCAAAGCGUAUCUUGAUUCCAGGGACUCACCGCGAGAGUCUAGUAUUCCCAGCCCUUCGACAGUUCCACACAGCAUCAUCUCAAAACCGGUGUCUGAACAAAGGGUGAAGGCUUGGGACAGCCUUGCUAUUGACAUGUUUUGA